UGGAAUAGUCAUUCUGAGCACACUACUGGGAGAGACCAAACCAUGUCGUCGAUGCUGGAUAAGUAUUGUGGUUCCACCUUUUGGAAUGAUUCGUACGUGGACAGACCAGAUCCUGACUUGCCGGUGUGCUUGGAGCAGACUGUCCUGGUGUGGAUUCCUCUGGGAUUUCUUUGGGCCUGUGCACCAUGGCAACUCUCACCCUUAUUCAGGUCCAAACGAAGAGGGGUCAGAUAUUCCAAACUCUACCUAGUAAAGCAGGUCCUUGCUUUCUUGCUGUUGCUGACCUCCGCCAUUGGGUUGAUUAUCACAUUGUUAGAAGACUAUGGUGACUACAGGGACCCCACACCUGACAGGCUGAAUCCUCUGGUUCUCUAUGUGAACCCUUCCAUUUACACAGCAACUUGGUUGAUGGUGUUGCUCAUCUAUGAAAGCAGAAGGCGAGCGAAUGAAAAGAACUCCCCUUACCUCUUCAUAUUCUGGCUGCUGUCUGUUCUGUGUGGUAUCUUUACGCUGCAGACUCUAAUCAGACUGGCAAUUAGAAAGGGAAGCCCUCCUGAUCCGCCACGUUUCUCAUUGUUUUGUAUCUCCUACUGUCUUGAAUGGAUUUCCUUCAUUGUUUCCUGUAUUUCUGAUGUAUCUCCAGAAGAUAAAGCUGCUGCAAAGAAGAAUCCACAAAUAUCUGCAUCCUUCCUCAGUGAAAUAACGUUCCAUUGGUUUUCCAGCAUGAUGCUGAAGGGAUACAGAAAACCCCUAGAGGCAAAACACCUGUGGGAGUUGAAUGAUGUUGAUAAAACGCAAACGAUUUAUGCCCAGUUUGAGCGACAUAUGAUGCAAGGCCUGAAGGAGGUGCAGAGGAAGAUGGAGCGAAAGAAGAACAAAGAAGUUCACAAAGAGACAGAACAGAUGAAUGGCUUUAGCAGGAGUACCAGUCAGGACAUCUUAGUCAUGGAAGAAAAGACCAGGAAAGACAAAAGGAAAAAGUCUGAGAAGGUGAAACUCGCACCAAAGACAGCUGAGGGGUGGCUGGUGCUGUCAAUGCUUAAAAACCAUCGACACAUCCUCAUCAAGGGGUUCAUUUUUAAAUUGCUGCACGAUGCACUAUUGUUUGUGAAUCCACAGCUGCUGAAGCUAAUGGUUUCCUUCACUGAGGACAUGUCUGUUUACCAGUGGAUGGGGUAUCUGUAUGCCGUGCUGCUGUUUGUCGUUGCCUUGUUUCAGUCUCUCCUGUUGCAGCAAUAUUUCCAGUGUUGUUUCCUGCUGGGGAUGCGAGUGCGGACUGCAAUCACAGCAGCUGUCUACAAGAAGGCCCUGACUGUAUCCAACACAGUCAGCAAGGAAUCGACAAUGGGUGAGAUUGUGAACUUGAUGGCUGUGGAUGCACAGAGAUUCAAUGACGUCACAAACUUCAUCCAUUUGCUGUGGUCAUCUCCUCUGCAGAUUUUGGUGGGGGUUGUUUUCCUGUGGCAGGAGCUGGGGCCCUCGGUCUUGGCCGGUCUGGCAAUCAUGAUCCUACUGAUCCCCGUCAAUGGGAUAUUGAUGAGCAGAACCAAGAAUCUACAGAUGAAGAACAUGAAACUCAAGGACCAAAGAAUGAAAUUAAUGAAUGAAAUUCUGAAUGGAAUAAAGGUUAUGAAGUUUUAUACUUGGGAGCCUUCAUUUGCUGAACAGAUUUUUGGAAUAAGAGACAAGGAGUUAAAGGUGAUGAAGAAAUCUUUCUAUCUGUUGACCGUUGCUGUUUUCCUUGUCACGUGUAUGCCCUUCAUGGUGACUCUAACCAGCUUCGGUGUGUAUCUCAUUGUGGAUCCAAAUAAUGUUCUCGAUGCUGAGAAAGCCUUUACCUCCAUCUCACUGUUCAACAUUCUGCGCUUUCCUUUGAUGAUGCUGCCCUUGGUGAUCUCAUCAAUAGUCCAGGCCGGGAUUUCUUCUAAAAGGCUGGAAGCAUUUCUUGGAAGCGAAAACCUAGACGCGUCAGCAAUUCGACAGGAUCGCAGCUGUGAUUCUGCAGUCGCCUUCUCAGAUGCCACCUUUUCAUGGAAUAGAAAUGAAACUCCAACCAUCAAGAAUGUUACACUGAAGAUCAAACCAGGCAACCUGGUAGCAAUUGUGGGGCCAGUGGGGAGCGGCAAGACCUCUUUGAUAUCUGCACUACUUGGAGAAAUGGAGAAUAUCAAGGGAUUCAUAAACGUAAAGGGUUCGUUUGCCUACGUACCUCAGCUAGCAUGGAUCCAAAAUAAUACCCUCGAGGACAAUGUCUUGUUUGGCUUGGAGCGGGAAGAAUCUCGAUACCAGAAAGUCCUGGAGGCCUGUGCUCUUCUGCCAGAUCUGGAGCGAUUACCGGCUGGGGACCAGACAGAGAUUGGAGAAAAGGGUAUCAAUCUGAGUGGAGGACAGAAGCAGCGAGUUAGUCUUGCAAGGGCGGUGUAUAGUGAUGCUGAUAUUAUCGUACUGGAUGACCCACUCUCUGCUGUUGAUGCACAUGUGGGGAAACACAUCUUUGAAAAAGUCAUUGGUCCAAAUGGUCUGCUAAAGGACAAGACUCGAAUUCUUGUGACUCAUAGAGUCACGUUUCUGCCUCAAACUGACGAGAUUGUGGUUCUAGUGAACGGCGAAGUGACUGAACUGGGCUUGUACAAAACACUGAAGGCGAACAGGGGGGCGUUUGCAGACUUCCUGAAUACCUACAGCGAAGGGAGUCGCAGCGAGGAGGGAGAGGCAACAGUCAACAUGGUGACAGAGGAAGAUGUCACACCGGAUGAUGAUCAAGAACUCCAGGUGGGGGUGGAUGCAGUUGAGGCGAUAACACUGAGCCUGAAACGGGAGAACAGUGAACGUGUCAGAAGCAGGAAGUGGAGCAAAAGCAGCGUUAGAGUGUCUCUGAACAAGGCCAAGAGGGACAAGAGCCUGGUGUCAGAGAAGGAAGGGCAAGCGGACAUGGUGAAGGGCCAGAGACUGAUAGAGAAAGAAACUAUGGAAACGGGAAAGGUGAAGUUGUCAAUCUACUGGAAAUACCUCAGUGCUAUUGGCUCAUGGUACUUGUUGCUGAUAAUCCUGUCAUACAUUGCCCAGAACAUGGCAACCAUUGGGCAGAACCUCUGGCUCAGUGACUGGACCAAUGAUGCCAGCCUCUACAUCAACACCACCUACCCAGCAUCUGAGCGCGAUCAGCGACUUGGCAUCUUUGGUGUUUUGGGUGUUGCACAAGCUGUCUUCAUGCUCCUUGGUGCAUUCCUGAUGACAGGAGGAAACAUUGCCGCUUCCAGGGACUUGCAUUCACGCUUACUGCAAAACAUACUCCAUGUUCCCAUGCUGUUCUUUGACACCACUCCGACUGGGAGGAUUGUUAACAGGUUUUCCAAGGACAUUUACACCAUCGAUGAAAUCAUCCCAAUGUCGUUUCGGAGUUGGCUGUCGUGUGUCUUUGUUGUGCUCGGCACUCUGGCUGUCAUUUGCCUGGCUACACCUUAUUUUACCAUCGUCAUUGUCCCACUGGUUGUCAUUUACUAUUUCAUCCAGAUCUUUUACAUCACGACAUCACGGCAACUUCGGCGUUUGGAUUCGGUGACCCGGUCGCCCAUCUACUCUCACUUCAGUGAGACGAUCUUGGGUUUACCCGUAAUCCGAGCGUAUGGACACCAGGCUCGCUUCCUGGCGGAUAACAAGAAAAUCAUGAAUGAAAACCAGAAAUGUGUCUUUCCUUGGAUUGUGGCCAACAGGUGGCUUGCAAUCCGUUUGGAAUUCCUUGGUAACUUAGUGGUGUUCUUUGCUGCACUCUUUGCUGUUCUAGCUAGAGAUAGAUUGGAUAGUGGUCUGGUUGGCCUGUCUAUUUCAUACGCACUGAAUGUGACCCAGGCAUUGAAUUGGCUGGUCAGGCAGACAUCGGAGCUGGAGACCAACAUUGUGGCUGUGGAGAGGGUCUUGGAAUAUACCAAGCUGGACAAUGAGGCUCCGUGGACCACCGACCAUCAGCCAGAAAAGGGCUGGCCGGACAAGGGUGAGAUUAAAUUCCUGGAUUACAAGGUUCGUUACAGACCUGAGCUGGAUUUGGUGCUACAUGGGAUCACCUGUGAAAUCCAGCCAAACGAAAAGGUUGGCAUUGUUGGAAGGACAGGCGCUGGGAAAUCCUCGCUGGCCAAUUGUCUGGUUCGCAUCCUUGAGUCAGCCGGGGGCAAGAUCCUCAUCGACGGAGUGGACAUCUCCACCAUUGGGCUACACGACUUGCGGCAGAAACUCACAAUCAUCCCACAGGAUCCAGUGCUGUUCUCUGGCACAAUCCACAUGAACCUGGAUCCCUUCAGCAGAUACACAGACGAGGAAUUGUGGCAGUCCCUGGAGCUGGCUCAUCUGAAACAAUACGUGGCCAGUUUACCCGGCAAGUUGCAGCACAAGGUCUCUGAGGGAGGCAAGAACCUCAGUGUCGGCCAGCGACAGCUCCUGUGUCUCGCCAGAGCCCUCCUGAGGAAAUCCAAGAUCCUCAUUCUGGAUGAGGCUACAGCAGCCAUCGAUCUCGAAACGGACAAUCUGAUCCAGACCACCAUCCAAAAUGAGUUUACAGACUGCACUGUGCUGAUCAUUGCACAUCGCCUACAUACCAUCAUGGACUGCACCAGGGUGAUGGUUUUGGAUGCUGGAAGAAUCAUUGAAUUUGACAGUCCCUUUGAGCUCCUCCAAAAACAAGGACACUUCUAUAAUAUGGCAAAGGAUGCUGGGCUAACAGCAACAGGAGUCACGGCCCUUUGACUAUCUCAUGGACGUGACAACGGGGAGGAGUGGCGGUGAAAACUGACCAGGAAGAGUCCUGCUACAGUGUUAGUUCACGAGUGUCGAUGCUGUGGAAUUCAGUGCUCUGAGGCACCCAGGACUUGACAACAAACUCCCAAAAACUUCCUUUAUUUUCAAAAAUGAACACAACUUUGAUUAAAGUGUUGGUGAAUCGUGACACGUGGCAAGCUCAGUCUGGCUAGAAUUCUACCUGCACCAUUUACCACGUACAGAGUUAAAGCUGGUUGGGUUGGGUACCACGCCUGGUAGCUUGAACUCUUGAGCAGGCCGACUGAAAUUCCAAGUGCAAGUCCAGUGAGAGAUUCACAUCACUGCACCCUUGUUCUCUCUGAACCACACUGGCUUCCUUUUCACAAGUGCUAGAAUUCCCUUCCCAAGCCUUUCCAACUCUCUCUCCUUCAAACCAACCAAGUUUUUAAUCACUUGUUCUAGUAUCUACUUACAUAGCUCAGUGUUAAACUUAAAUUGCUUGUGACAAGCACUGUACUGUAUAACACCAAGUUGUUGUUGGUACUUAAUAAAGGGAACUGCUUUGUAAUGUCACAAACAAAAAAAUCUCACCUUUAUUUUAGAACAAAAAUAUUUUCUAACCAACCUACUCAUCAAUGUUUUUACAUACCUCUGGAACAGGAUAACUUGAAACCCAACCUCCUGGGUCAGAAGUAGGGAUAAUACCAAUGCUACAGUGCUAACCACCAAGCCACUGCAGGCUCACAGCACCAGGGACUGGGUUCAAUGGCACCUUCAGGCAACUUUCUAUGUGGAGUUUGCACGUUCUCCCUGUGUCUGUGCGGGUUUCAUUCGGGUGCUCCCAUUUCCUCCCACAGUCCAAAGAUGUGCAGUUAAGGUGGAUUGGCCAUGCUAAAUUGCCCUGUAGUGUCCAGGAAUGUGCAGGCUAGGUGCAUUAACCGUGGGAAAGGCUGGUUUUCAGAGAUGGGGUGGGAUGCCCUGUGAAGGGUGAGUAUGGACCCUAUGGGCCAAACAGCCUGAUUGUGGGGAUUUUAUACCACUGUACCACAACAGCCCUUUCUCAUCUCUUUUAUUGGGGGGAAAAAAAUAUACGUUUCUGAGACAAACAUACAAGUUAGAUGCAGGAAUGGGCCAUUUGGCCACUUCUGUCUUCUGCAUCGGUAAGUCAGAAGCAUGAUGGAAUAAUAUCCCCCUUCCCCCACCAACUUCCCCAUAUGAGUGGAGCUUCAAACACACAAGAAGCUUGACACCAUCCAGGAUAAAGAGAACUGCUUGGUUGGCACCACAUCCACUCCCUCCACCACCGACACUCAGUAGCAGCAGUGUGUAUUAUCUACAUGAUGCACUGGUGAAUUUCUGCAAAGAUCCUCAGCACCUUCCGAACCCACAACCACUUCCAUCUAGAAAGACAAGGGCAGUAGAUACAUGGGAACUCCACCCCCUGCAAGCUCCAUCUGAGCCACUCACCAUCCUGACUUGGAAAUAUAUUGCAGUUCUUUCAUAAUCACUGGGUCAAAAUCCAGGAAUUCUCUCUGAAAUGGCAUUGAGGAUCUCCCUAUAACAUGUGGACUGCAGCGGUUCAAGAAGGCAGCUUGCCACCGCCUUCUAAAGGGGCAACUAGGUUUGGCCCAUAUCUGCUGGAAGAUUCCCACCUGCAGUACUCUGAUAACCUCUGCCUUAAAAAUAAAACAUGAUCCCAUCUUCACAGCUCUCUGGGCAAGAGAGUUCCAAAGACUCUCAACCUUGAGGGGAAAAGAAACCAAAUCUCCUCAGUUCCACAUUAAAUUUGAGAUCCCCCCUUCUUCUAAUCACUGCCACAUGGGCAAUCACCCUCUCACCACUCACCUUGCUGAGUCCAUCAGAAUCUUGCAUGUCUCAAUAAGAUCAGCUCUCAUUCUUAUAAACUCCAGAGGAUUCCUCCAAACCUUUCCUCAUAAAAUAGCCCCCUUAUCUUACUUCAAACCUUUGUUUUACUCUGAACUGUUUACAAUCAUCAGGGGCAGCUGCAGUGUGCCUAGUCUUGCAACAUUUGGGGGAUAACACUGAGGUUGUUGGUACUUUCAAGGUGACAGGACCACAUUCCCAUGUGACAGAUGAAUAAAUAAUAUCCGUACUA